AUGCCAGCAUCUCAUGAAGAUAUGGAGUUGGAACAAAACGAACCAGAAGGGGGAAAUAUAUUUAGGGUAAAAUCAAGCUUGAUAACAAGAGGGGAAGGUGGUCCUAAGUUGAAUGUAGGUUUUCUACAGGCUUUGGCCAUGCAGUUCACUAUAGAGGAAAUUAAUAACAGCACCAUCAUCCUUCCUGGAGAAAGUGUUGGGUAUGAAAUGUACGACACCUGUCUGAGUUCUAUUGCAGUUAUCCAUUCCGUACUCAUGUUUCUCGCUCAAAAUGGUACAAAUCAUGUAGAAAUGCAAUGCAAUCUUACAGAGUAUAAAACCAGAGUCAUGGCUGUGAUUGGACCUUCAAGUACUGAGGUUGCAACGUCCUCCAUGAAGAUGCUAAGCACUGUGCUAAUUCCGCAGGUUAGUUAUGCUGUAACUUCGGAUGUAUUUAGUGACAAAAAUAUCUAUCCAUCCUUUUAUCGAACAGUGCCAAGCGACAGUAAGCAAGUGGAUGGCAUGAUAGCAUUGAUCUCCUAUUUUAAAUGGAACUGGAUUGCAGUUGUCGGCAGUGACGAUGACUAUGGUAAAAGUGCUUUACAGCAAUUUUCUUCCUCGGCCAUGUCCAGUGGAAUCUGCAUCUCCUACGAUGGUCGCAUCCCCAUGUACCUCUCGACCUCCGACACAACUACUGCGAUUGAAAAUAUCCUGGAUGAAAUUGAGAAGGCUGAUGUCAAUGUAGUCUUGGUCUUUGCAAGUUUAACCCAAUCUAUAGCAUUUUUCAAAGAGGUCAUCAUGAGAAACAUGACUCAAGUUUGGAUAGCAAGUGCAUCUUGGGUCCUUUCACAGAGUAUUCUAUCUAUGCCUGGCAUUGAGCGUAUUGGAACAGUAAUUGGCUUCUUUCCAAGGGUGCAAACUAUUCCAGGAUUUGACAUAUUUGUUAAGAACACAAUCUCAAAAAUAUAUGCAAACCAAUUAUCUUCUCAAUCCACAUCUACAAACACCGUGGGAAGUAAUGCCGACUACCAAGGCCUUCAUUUUCAAGUUGAUCAGAUCCCUAUCAUUCUAAAUCCACUGACAGAAUUGAAUGCACAGAGUGUAUACACAGCAGUAUAUGCCGUUGCAUAUGCCCUUCACAAUCUUCUGAACUGUAAUUCUGUAAAAUGCAACAAGGAAAAUGCUACCAUCUACCCAUGGAGUUUACUGAAUGAAGUGAGAAAAGUAAAUUUUAGUGUUUUUAACACCACAUUCGGCUUUGAUGUAAAUGGUAACCCCAAAACCGGAUUUGACAUUGUCAUCUACAAUCUCAGUGAUACUGAUACUGAGUUUAUUAAGAUUGGAUCAUACAACAAUGUCAUGGAUUUAAAUAGUACACUUAUUUACUGGGGGACACCCAACAAUAAGGUUCCUGAGUCCCAGUGUUCUGGUGAUUGCUUACCAGGGCAGAUUAAACGAGUGAAGGGAACCCAUUCUUGCUGCUUUGACUGCAUUGACUGCCAAGAAGGAUUGUUUCAGUCUGCUGAUGAUGACUUUGAGUGUCACAUUUGCCCAGCCGGUCAGUGGUCCAAUGUAAGAAGUACCGUGUGCUCUGACCCCACCUACCUCUUCUUGCAGUGGAGUGACACCUCAGUCAUAUUUCUUCUGCUGCUUACAUCUGUCCUCUUCUGCACUAUCAUUGGAACAUUCAUUAUCUUUGUGAAGAACAGACAAACUGCCCUUGUCCGGGCCUCUGGGGGCUACAUGAGUUUCUUGGCUCUCUCCUCUUUACUAGCAAUUACCGCCAGCAUAGUUCUUUUUAUUGGCCAGCCCACUAUGAAUAUAUGUAAGAUUCAACAGCCAUUGCAAGCCAUAGGUUUCACUUGCUGUCUUUCUACAUUCUCAAUCAAGGCCCUUCAAGUGAUAUUGGUAACAGAUUUUAAAGGUGUGGACUCCAAGUAUAUCCAAUGGCUUAAAACCAAAGGGACAUGGGCCUCAUUGCUCCUUAGCAUUCUGAUUCAGUGCUUAUUUUGUGUCUGGUACAUUAAGAGCAAUCAAUUUCUGUCUCCAGAUGAAAAAGUCACCUACCUUCGUAAAUAUCUAAAGUGUGAGAUUUCCAACGUUCCAAGCUUUGCUUUAAUGUUCGGAUACAAUGGAAUUCUUGUCCUCAUGUCAUUCAUGUUAAACUGUGUAGCCCAAGCACCUCCAGGUCAGUAUAAUCUGGCCAGAGAUAUUACGUUCUCAAUGUUGGGGUAUCUGCUCAUUUGGAUUGUCUUCGUCCCUGCCUACGCAAAACUUACAGAUGGGAACCAGCCUUUGUUGCAAAUGGUCGUCGCCUUGGUUGACCGAAAAUAUUUUAACGAAUUUCGGAUGAACCAAAAAGUGAAUGUUUUCAACUGA